UCUGAGUGAAGUGACAAGGCAGCAGAAGGAGCCUCGAGACCAUGGACGGCACCAUGGGGCUGCGGGGGCUGUUCUGCCUGUGCCUGGUGUCCCUCCUCGCCCUGCAGGCCGUGCCUGCUCAGGAGUCACCCACAGGCAGUCCCAAAGGCAUCAAGAAGCGACAGCCUGUGGACACAAGUGUCAACGGUGUGGUCAUCCGGAGUUUGAAAGUCAACUGCAAAGUCACCUCUCGCUUUGCCCACUAUGUCAUCACCAGCCAAGUGGUCAACAGUGCCAAUGAAGCCAAGGAAGUGGCCUUCGAUGUGGAAAUCCCCAGGACAGCCUUCAUUAGUGACUUUGCCAUCACAGCAGAUGAAAACACAUUUGUUGGGGACAUAAAGGACAAAGUGACUGCCUGGAAGCAGUACCGGAAAGCAGCCAUCUCAGGAGAGAACGCCGGCCUCGUCAGGGCCUCGGGGAGAACGAUGGAGCAGUUCGCCAUCCACAUCACUGUCGGUCCCCGGAGCAAGGUCACGUUCCGGCUGACCUACGAGGAGGUGCUAAGGCGACGGUUUAUGCAGUAUGACAUCAUCAUCAAGGUCAAGCCCAAGCAGCUCGUGCAGCAUUUUGAGAUUGACGUCGACAUCUUCGAGCCCCAGGGGAUCAGCAAGCUGGAUGCCCAGGCCUCCUUCCUCAGCAAGAAACAGGCAGCCCAACUGAUCAAGAAGUCCUUCUCAGGGAAAAAGGGUCACGUGCUCUUCCGCCCCACAGUGGGCCAGCAGCAAUCUUGCCCUUCGUGCUCUACGACCUUGCUGAAAGGGGACUUCAAGGUGACCUAUGAUGUCAAUCGGGACAAGCUCUGCGACCUCCUGGUCGCCAAUAACCACUUUGCCCACUUCUUUGCCCCCCAAAACCUGACGAAACUGAACAAGAAUGUGGUUUUUGUGAUUGACAUCAGCUCCUCCAUGGAAGGCCAGAAAUUGAAGCAGACCAAGGAGGCACUCCUUAAAAUCCUGGGGGACAUGCGGCCAGGGGACUACUUCAACCUGGUCCUCUUUGGGUCUGCAGUGGUGUCAUGGAGGGACUCGCUGGUGCAGGCAACCGCUGCCAAUCUGGACGCGGCUCAGAACUUCGUGCGGCGUUUCUCCCUGGCCGGGUCUACAAACAUGAAUGAUGGUUUGCUCCAGGGAAUUGAGAUCUUGAACAAAGCUCAGGGAAGCCUCCCAGAACUCAGCAACCAUGCCUCCAUUCUCAUCAUGUUGACAGAUGGCGAGCCCACAGAGGGGGUGACGGAUCGUUCUCAAAUCCUCAAGAAUGUCCGCAAGGCCAUCCGGGGCAGGUUCCCGCUCUACAACUUGGGCUUCGGCCACAACUUGGACUUGAACUUCCUGGAGGUCAUGUCCCUGGAGAACAACGGACGUGCCCAGAGGAUCUAUGAAGACCAUGAUGCCACCCAGCAGCUGCAGGGUUUCUACGACCAGGUAGCCAACCCCUUGCUGACGGAUGUGGAGUUGCUGUACCCCUGGGAUACCGUCUCAGCCCUGACCCAGCACCACCAUAAACAGUACUAUGAAGGCUCGGAGAUCAUGGUGGCUGGGCGCAUCGCUGACCACAAACUGAGCAGCUUCAAAGGAGAUGUGCGGGCUUACAGGGAGGGCCAAGAAUUCAAGACAACCUGCCUGGUGGAUGAGGAAGAGAUGAAGAAACUGCUCCAAGAGCGGGGCCACAUCCUGGAGAACCAUGUCGAACGCCUAUGGGCCUACCUCACCAUCCAGGAGCUGCUGGACAAGCGGAUGAAGCUGAAGGGGGAGGAGAAGGCCAACGUGUCAGCCAAGGCCCUGAAGAUGUCAAUGGACUAUCAGUUUGUGACCCCGCUGACCUCCAUGACCAUCAGGGGCAUGGCGGACCAGGACGGCCAUGAGCCCAUCAUUGACAAGCCUCUGGAGGAUUCUCCACCCUUGGAGAUGCUGGGACCCAGAAAGACAUUUGUGUUAGCGGCCUCGCAGCCUUCUCCAACGCGCCCCAGCUCCAACACCCCACAUUUGCCAAACAAAGUGACCUAUGUGGACACUGACCCCCACUUCAUCAUCCACGUGCCCCAGAAGGAGGACGCCCUAUGCUUCAAUAUCAACGAGGAGCCUGGUGUGGUCCUCAACCUGGUGCAGGACCCUGACACAGGCUUCUCAGUGAAUGGGCAGCUCAUUGGCAAGGAGGCCCGGAGCCCUGGACAGCAUGAGGCCACGUACUUUGGACGGCUGGGGAUUGCAAACCCUGCAACAGGCUUUCAGCUGGAAGUGACUCCUCAGAACAUUACGCUGAACCCUGGCUCCGGUGGACCUGUGUUCUCCUGGAGGGACCAGGCCUCACUGCGGCAGGACGAACAUGUCAGGCCCUGUGGUUCCUGGACAUGUGCUUUGGACCUGGCUGCCUAGAUGUCCGUGCUCCCAUGACACUCCCGCCCUCAGUCCACCCCCAUCUCCACCAAACAAAGCCUACCUCUUCCGUGAAGCCAUCCUAGUCUCUUCCUCUGCUGAACUCCAGCCUUUUCUGGGCUUCUCUUGCAACAUCUGUCUUAGUAUGCCUUGUCAUGUCUCCCUCCCUCCCUCCCUCCCUCUCUUCCUUCCUUCCACAAUCUCUGCUGAGCACCAGAGCCCAACAUGGGGUAGCAGAGCUAUAGGGUGAGGUGGGCAGAGUGUGAUGUGGAGGACACAGAUAAUGAGUGGGCAUCAAAGAACACAGACUCAGACAGGCUGGAGUCCAAGUCCUGGCUCUACUGCUUACCAGCUGUGUGACCUUGGGCAAGUUGUUUAACCUCUCUGAGCCUCAGUUCUCAUAGGAUAAGAGUGGGAAUUGAAUGAUGCAGUUUGCACAGAGCGCUUAGCACAGGAUCUAACACACUAUAAGGGUCCCAUACAUAAUAGCAACACAUGGGAAGGAGCAUGGAGCAGGUAACACCCAACCAUAUGGAGAUGAGGGGUUGAGACAUGAGAGCU